AUGCUGCGAGUUCUCGCGUUGCAUGGCAAGCUCCCGGCCCUGUGGGGAGGCAACCAGAGUGCCGUCGAGGUGCUUGCCAAAUUUUGGCGUCGAUUCCGCCAGCUGCACCCGUCGCACGCCAUCUACACAUACCACAAGAAUCGGUUACAUCAGGUGCUACCUCUGAUGCUGCAUGCUGAUGAAGGGGAGACGUUGAAAAAGGCAGGCCUCAUGGUGAUUUCGUGGCAAUCACCUGUGGGUGCGGGGAUCUCCACUCAGACUGAGCCUACAGAUAUGCCUCUCAACUAUGUUGGCAGCUCGUUCAAAACAAGGUUUUUGAUAUCAGUGCUUCUAAAGAGGCUCUAUACGAAGCAGGUUAAGGAAUCUUUAGACAGCCUCAUGUCAAUCAUCGCAACUGACCUGAAGCAGCUCUUCGAGCAAGGGCUGCGGCUUGACUUUCCAGAUGGCAAGCAUCAACACUAUUAUGUUGCCUGGGUCGGCCUCAAAGGCGACUGGCCGAUCCAGCAGAAGCUAGGCCAUCUCCAACGUCAUUUCUCGAGACUGACAACGAACGAGCAGGUUGGCGUUGGGAUAUGUCAUUUGUGUGAGGCGGGACGACCUGGUGUCCCCCUACACGACUUCUCGGAACAUGCAGCUUGGAGAACAACAUUCUUGCGAACGUCGCCGUUUGAAACGAUGGGACCUUUGGCUGACGUGCCACAGACGGCGAGCCCAGAGAUGAUGCUUCGGUAUGAUCCAUUUCAUACCUUGCACAAGGGCUGUUUUGCCGAGUUAGCCGGGAGUGGUCUUGUCAUGAUCAUUGACUAUGGGAUCCUGGGGGACGAUUCUGUUCCAAAGCAGCUGAACUCGCUCUACCAGCUGCUGCAAGAAUUCUGCACGCGAACGAAGCAUCCGCUGCACAUGGAUGGUCUGACUCGAAACCUACUGAACUUUCCGAGGGACUCCUCCUACCCAGCUGCAGACACCACUGCCGUCCUGGCUUUCUUAGAAGAAUUCUUCCGGAACCAUUUGGCUACUUUGGCAAAUCCUGAUCCAUACUUGGAGAGUGCGCACGAUGCCUGCGUCAACGCCAACAUCUUCCUACGCACCUUGUAUCGAAACGGGCUUUGGCUGCCUCUCCAGGCUACCACAGAGGUCGCCCAGUCCGGCUACAACUUCUUGCGAUGCUAUGCUGAAUGUGCCCAGCACGCGUACAAUCAGGGAAAAACCCGAUACAAGCUACAGCCAAAAUAUCACACAAUGAUUCACUUUGCGGAUUUCUACGGUACAGCUGCAAGGUCUCGACAGCGAUUCACGUGGAACAUUCUGGCUGAUGGAUGCCAGAUGGACGAAGACCUGGUGGGUAAGGUGGCUACGCUUUCUCGUGCUGUCAAUGUGCGUAGUGUUCACACAGACACGGUGUCUCGUUACCUGCUGAAGCUGUGGGAAGAGCCGUGA